UGCUCAUGCAGGAGAGAGCUCCGCUGAUUAUGCUCUCCUCUGAUUGGCUGGUGAUGAAUAUUUACGGAAGUAGUUAAGUUAAAGCGGUUUACAGGGGCACGACAGGGCAGUUUGUCGACCUCUUCUUGUGAUUUCCUAAUAUGCAGACAGACGAUCAUGUUUCUUGUCUAAAGACUGAUUUGUUGAAAUCUGGCGGGACAUUUCGUGUUCUUGUUGGCGUGACGGGAAGCGUUGCAGCCUUGAAACUGCCUCUUUUUGUAUCCCAGCUUCUUCAGCUCCCUGGGGUGGAUGUAAAAGUGGUCACCACGGAGCAUGCCAAGCACUUCUACAAUCCUGCAGAGGUUUCAGUAAAAAUCUACAGUGACAAGGAUGAGUGGGAGCUGUGGACUCAGAGAUCUGACCCUGUGCUACACAUUGAGCUAAGGCGCUGGGCAGACCUACUUGUCAUUGCCCCCCUUGAUGCCAACACUCUUGGAAAGAUUGCUAAUGGCAUUUGUGACAAUCUGCUGACAUGUGUGGUAAGAGCAUGGGAUACCAGUCGUCCUCUCCUCUUCUGCCCUGCAAUGAAUACAGCUAUGUGGCAGCAUCCCAUUACAGCCCAGCAGGUAUCCAGGCUGACAGAGUUUGGAUAUGUGGAAAUCCCCUGCAUUGCUAAGAAGCUAGUGUGUGGAGAUGAAGGUAAAGGGGCCAUGGCAGAGGUAUCGACUAUUGUCAGUGUUGUCAAACAAUAUCUUCAGAAACCAGAUGAGUCAUCUCAGAAAGCAUGCACGUCACAUCACAUUGUAGAUUCAGCUGGCACCAAAGACAAAUAGAAAGUAAACAUGAUGACUUGUCUUAAAAAUGAAUUUGUGUCCAAACCUUCAAGGCCCUACACACCCAUGAGAAACACAAUUGCUUUUACUGAUUUUACCUGGUGAGUCCUCUUGUUGGGAUUGUGUGGAUGUGUUCCGACCGUCAUUGAUUCGCAUCUCCCUGACUCUUCUGUUUGUUUUUUUGCACCUGUUAGGGCAGGACAGGGCAACAUGCACCUUUACCCUUCUUAUUGUACAUGGACAUAGCUUGACCCAAGUGCAACCUCUACAGCCUAAUCAGCCGGAAUAACAAAAAAAAGUGGGGGGAUGCAGGUCCUUUUUUUUAGCUGUUACCAGCAGCUACAUUUUAAAACAUUUGGUGCUGGUUUUUAUAUGUAUCAUUUACUCAUCAUGAUAUCAUACUGACGUGAUUGAUGGCUUGUUGGAGAGAGAAUACCCAUCAGCUGAUCUUGUCAUUUAAGCCCCCCCCCUUCUGUAGUGAUGUAUUAAUCCCAUUGAAAAGUGUGAUAGUAUAUUUCUGUUGUUUCCAAAGCAGCAUUUCAUUAGUGACAUGUCAUUGAUCUUAUGUGGGUAAGUUGAAAAAUGCAGUUAAUGCUUGACAGUUUUCUGUCCACACUGUUUAAAUGUCUGUCAUCCACAUGCGUGUGUGUAUAGUCUGCCUUCCAACAUGGAAAAUGCUUACUGUACUGUACAUCUCUUCUUUGUAUUUUUCUUCAAAGGUGAUUGGCAAAGAAAUUGUGCAUUACUGCCAGCACUGUGAAAAGAGUAAAGUUGAAUAGACAAACCUGUUUAAUGAUGUACUCCACUUGGCUUUUAAGGAAAAUGCUUGGUUCAUCUGAAUUUCCCCAUGACUGUUUAUUUUGUGUUUAAUAUAGCUGGCCAAACAACGCGGUUUGGGUCAGGUAUGGGAAUAUUAUUAUUUUGUCAAUUGAGAGUCUAAUAUUCUGCCUGUUUAAAAAAGGUGAUGGUAAUUCUUGGGCUGUUAGCAUCCUCGCAAAACAAAGGUCAGAAUUUCAAGCAUUCUGUAGUUUGUAGAAAAAACAAAUGUUCACUGUGCUUAAAGCAACAGAGAUGUACUUCAGCAAACUGGUCAUUAUGCAAUAAAAAGUCUUUAAAUGCA